AUGGCGCCAGCACCUGCUACCGUCGACGAAAGGGCUGUCGGUACAGCCGGGGAGAUUGCCCAGAAACCAAAGCGGAAAUGGGUCAGCUACAUCUGGGACACCUUCGACAAGUCGCCUGAGGAGCGCAGGUUACUUUUCAAACUGGAUACGGCAAUUCUGACGUUUGCUUCUCUUGGAUAUCUGAUCAAGUACCUGGAUCAGAUUAACAUCAACAAUGCCUUUGUCUCUGGAAUGAAAGAGGAUCUCGGUCUCUACGGGAACGAACUGAAUUAUAUCCAAGCCUGCUGGACCGUGGGCUACGUAAUCGGCGAGAUUCCCAGCAAUUUGCUCCUGACGCGCAUCCGGCCUCGGUACUGGAUUCCAGCGAUGGAGUUACUAUGGACCGUUCUGACUUUCGCCUCGUCCCGUUGCGACAAGGCAUAUCAGUUCUAUAUCCUGCGCUUCUUCAUUGGCCUUGCGGAGAGCACCUUCUACCCCGGUAUGCAGUACAUCAUCGGCUCCUGGUAUCGUAAAGACGAGCUGGCGAAGCGAUCGUGCAUAUUCCACACAAGUAGCGGAAUUGCGAGCAUGUUCUCCGGAUAUCUCAUGGCCGGAGUUUAUCGCCUUGGUGGACGAGGUGGCUUCAAGGGAUGGCAAUGGCUUUUCAUCAUCGACGGCGUUAUUUCGCUUCCUGUCGCAUUGAGCGGGUUCUUGAUUCUCCCUGACGUCCCGGAGAUCUCGAACCCGUGGUAUCUGACGAAAGAGGAAGUUGCUCUCGCGCAGAAACGGAUGGAGCUGGAAGGACGGAAGAAAAGAGGAUCGUUCACAAAAGCGAAGCUGAAAAAGGUCUUCUCCUCGUGGCAUAUAUACAUGUUGACCCUGCUAUACGUGGCGUUCAACAAUGGUGCUGCCGGAGCACAGCCUAUAUUCCAACAAUGGCUCAAAGCGUCAACAAACCCUAAAUAUUCCAUCGGACAGAUCAACUCUUAUCCCACCACUACCGGUGCAGUCCAGGUUGUAACGACCUUGAUAUACGCCUGGACAUCCGAUUCCAUCCUCGGCGGCAGAAGAUGGCCACCUGUGAUAUUCGGCGCUGUAAGUACCACCCAACCCCCCCGUGCCGCCAGCCUUCUUACGUCGCAGUGUGUCAACAUCAUCGCAUACGUCUCGCUUGCUAUCUGGGAUAUCCCCGUAGGUUGGCACUGGGCGUGCUAUAUUAUGGCGGGAGCCGGAUUCGGCCUCAGCGGUCUGCUCAUGGCCUGGGCGCAUGAGAUCUGCUCCGCAGAUAAUGAGGAGCGAGCUCUGGUCGUGGGAAGCAUGAAUGAGAUAGCAUAUGUGUUCCAGGCAUGGCUGCCGCUGGUCGUCUGGCAGCAAAUUGAUGCGCCUCGGUACCAAAAAGGUUUUAUUACGGUGACGAUCUUGUCGGUGAUACUGAUUGUUUCGACACUCGUGACCGUCCGUCUAGACAACAAUGAGAAAGCUACGAGGGCUAAGGAGAUGGCCGAAGAUGGGGAGCUGGGGAACGAGGAGGGUUCAGAGACCUCAUCAACGGAUGGUAGGGAAGUUUCAAAGGUAUAG